CACAGAUAACAGUAAAUGUCAUUGUCAGUUCAUGGUUGAUUGUUUGAGUACAUUUUCUAGUCUUUAUAAAACUUAUUCUUGAUAUUUCAACAAUUAUUUAACUUGAAAUUGCUUAUUCGUAUAUCAUAAAUAGCAACAAUGGCAGAUCGUCUAACGCAGCUCCAAGACACCAUAAACCAGCAAGCUGAGCACUUUUGCAACAGCAUAGGUAUACUGCAGCAGUUUUCUACACCAAGCAAGUUCCCUGGCUUCGAUCGUAGUGGGUCGCAGACGCCGCAACAGCAACAAAACCAGGAGGAUUAUGCUAUGUUGUUUGCGACGCUUAUUUCUCGGUGCGCGAAGGACAUUGAUACUCUGAUCGAGUCGUUGCCUAGUGAGGAGAGCUCUACGGAGCUGCAGGUGCAAAGCUUGAGGCGUCUGGAGGCGGAGAACAAGGAGGCUGCUGAACAACUGGAAGAGGUUGUUCGUCAAGGUGAGAUCCUGCUGGAGAAGAUCCAAGGAGCUCUGAGUGACAUUGCUCAGUGCCAGUUGGACAUGCAGAACCCAGCACUGAUCCUCAACAAAGAUGUGAAACCUCAAUUAUAGGGCUCACGGAAACGGUACUGAUUACCGUAGGUGUUGAUCUGAAACGGACAAUAGUAGGAGUUUUGUGAAUGUGUUGUCUUUGCCUCUCUGUGACAAGAGGCAGUGUAAUCUAUGUUGUUUGUUGCCAAUUCUGGCUAGUUACUCAAAAUACUGAAUAAAAAAAGUUAUUCAACUGA